AUGGACGACGACCGCUCAAGCGUCAGCACGAGCACGGCGGCUGCGUCCAUCCUCGACCCAGUGGAGUAUUGGCGGCAGCACGGCGCCAUGCGACCCACGCAGAGGCAUUGGGCGAGCGAGUCCUUGUCCGACGACACAGACGCGGAGGAUUCCUGGCACGACAAGGACUGCGGGGCAGGAGGAGGAGGAGGAGGAGGAGGAGGGACGGCGAAAGGAGCAGGGCUAGUGGCAUCAGCAUUUUCAACUUCCGCUGUUCCUGCCACUGCCACGGUCGCUGCCUUGCGUCGGAGCGGCAAAGGCUCGGGUCGGACCUCUGGCAGGUUUGUGCCACCCAGGAAGUGGGCUGGCGGGAGGGGGCAGGGUCAGGUGGCAGGUGUGGUGGCGAGGGGAGGGGCGGAGGGGAGGGUGGAGGCUGGGGCUUCUGUGUGGGAGAGGAGCAGUGGAGGCAUGAGCGCUGCUGGUGGUGGUGGUGGGACCACGUGGGAGAGAAGCAUUGGUGGCAGGAGCGCUGCUGGUGGUGGUGGUGGGACCACGUGGGAGAGAAGCAUUGGUGGCAGGAGCGCUGGUGGUGGUGGUGGUGGGACCACGUGGGAGAGAAGCAUUGGUGGCAGGAGCGCUGCUGGUGGUGGUGGUGGGACCAGUGGUGGCAGGAGUGCUGGUGGUGGUGGUGGUUGGACCACGUGCAGGAGGAGCAAUGGUAUGAGUGCCGGCAGUGCAGGUGGUACUGGUGUUGGUGUAUCCACUUGGGAGAGUAGCAGUGGUGGCUUCAGCCCUGCUGCUGGCGAUUCUUUUGGUGCUGCUGUUGCUGGUGGUGGCACUGGCAGUGCUGAUGGUUGGGGAGUAGGCGCAGCAAACGGAGGGUUGGGUAAGAGGGGGCUCCGCCUAGCCCCCAACAGCAUGGGGGCGAAUGGGCUGGAGUGGCGGAGUAAGGAGAGCGACUCUCCAACUCAUUCGCACACGUCCUCGCAGUCAGCAACAGCAGCAAACGAGAGAGUUCAGGGUGCGGGAAGGGGUCCUCUGGGAGUGAAUGCAGGCAGCAGGAUGGAUGAAUGGGUGAGAACAAACUAUAGCUUGGUUCGUGGUGGUCCGGCGAGCGGUGUUGGUGCAAGUUCUGCUGCUGCAAAUCAAGCAUGUGCUACACCUGGUGCUACAGCUGAGCCAAGGGUGGAGCAGAAGCCGCAACUCCGCAUGGAGACCGACAUGGGGGGCGUGGCGUUAGGGGGGACCUCAAUGUGGUCGCAGUCAAGCUAUGGCGCACAGUCAGAGCUGCACUCUAGCGUGCUGCGCUUGCCAGCAGGGGGGGAGAGUAGCAGUGAGUACAUCCCUCCAAUGAGUGAGCUCGAGGUCGGUUUUUCCGAUAGUGUGAGCAAUGCUGACGCGGUGGAUAGGGCCCGUGCCGCUGCUGCCCUUGCUGUUGUGGGGAUUAGGGGAGCACGUGGUGGUGGGUUCUGCACUGGUGCACGUGCCGCUGCCCCUGCUGUUUCUGCUGCUGCUGCUGCUGCUGCUAGUGUACACCCAUGGCAGACUAUGGGUGUGCUGCGAGAUGAAGACGAGGACGAGGACGAAGAAUGUGGUGAAGAGGAGGGGGGGGAGCGCGAGGAGGAUGAGGAGGAUGAGGAGGACGGGGAGGACGAUGAGGACGACGAGGAUGACUAUGAUGGGGAGGGCAGAGAAUCCUCCUCCUAUGCAGCAGCUGCCGGGCAGACGUGCACCACGGAUGAUGACAAGCACUCGCCUGCUGUCGCACGCUUCCUCAAGCAUCUCUCGAUGAUGGGGAAGGAGCAGAUCCUCGCACAGGACUGCCAAUACAAGUGCACCGCGUGCAGGGCCGGCAAGGGCGAGAUCCACUGGUGGCCGGGCAUACACUCGCUGCUGCAGCAUGCAGAGACGAUCCGUUCCAGGCGGAUUAGUGAGCACCGGGCGUUUGCUGCUGCAGUGCAUGUGCAUCUGAGGGAGAGAGGUGUGGUGCUGGAGGGAGGGGGGGCCGGGAGGGAGGGGGAGGAGGGGACGUUGCAGGGGCAGUGGCGCGGCGUGGAGGGGUGGAGGGCGGAGGAGGAGAAUGCGAUGGUGCUGUGGCCGCCCGUUGUGAUUGUUAGGAAUACUCGUUUGCAACGAGGAGCAGACGGGCAGGUGAGUGACGAGGUAGGGUGGGUGGGCAUGGGCAGUCCAGAGCUGCGGGAGCAAUUCGCCGACUACAAGUGCAUCGUGAAGACCAAGCAUGCCUAUGGGCCUCAGGGCCAUCGAGGCAUCAGUGCGCUGGUCUUUGAUUCCUCUCCAGACGGAUUCCAGGAGGCGGAGCGCCUGGCGCAGCAGUUUGAGCGCGAGGGGCGCGGGCGAUUGGGGUUCACAAGGCGGUUGGUGCCUCUGGAGGAUCAGUCAGGAAAGAAGAACCUGUUUGGCUACUUUGCGACCCAGCAGGAUGUCACUGACUUUAACCGUUUCGGCAAAGGCAAGGCGCCACUGAAGGUGGAUCUGAAGCGGCGGUGGGAGGUGGUGGAGGAGCCGCUGCAGCGCAUGAAGCAGCAGGCGGCACAUGCCGAGCAGUACAAAUCUCAAGUCGUUGAGAUGUCACACAAGGUGGUGAAGCUGCGGAUUAAAUCGUCGCAGCUGCAGGAGAGCAGGCAGCAGCUGGAGUCGGCACUGGAGGGAGAGAAGGAGCGGCGCCUGCACCUGGAGGGCCAGGUGGUGAGCACGGUGCAGCUGAUGCACAUCAAGGAAGCUGAGAUGCAGGCUAUAGUGGCUCGCAACAAACAUCUGGCAGCGCAGUACGAGGAGGAGGUAGCAAGCUUGGAGGAGGCGUUUGCGCGGAAUGCGGAGGAGGCGGAGAGGAGGCGCGGGGCGGUGGAGGGGAGAGAAGCUGACCUGGAGCGCACUGAGUCGACUCAGCGCACUGAGCUGUGCGGCAAGGUGGCUGACCACCAGCACGCCGCCGCCACCCGCACACCCCAGCGCCAGCUCUCCAGCUCUUCCGGGAUCAGAAUCUCAACAAGGAGCCUUCCGGCACCUCGUCUCUCACUCCCUCUUUUCAUCUCUUUGUCACUCCGUCUCUCUCGCUCCCUCUUCCUCUCUGUCAUUGCUCCUUCUUUUCCUCUCUAUCACCCCUUUCCCCACUCACUCUCUCCCAAUUUCACGCGCCCUCUCCCCAUCACUCACUCACUCUUUCCCUCUCUUGCUCACUCGCUUCCUCACUGCCUUACCGACAGUGACAACCACAGCAGUGCUGUGCUGGGUAGUCUGCAUGCACCGGCAGUGUUCCAGGCAGGGGUGGCGCAUCUAGAGGAGCAGCAGCAGCAGCAGGACAAACGGUCGCUGCCGUGUCGUGGGGGCGUCAAGCAGGCUGGGCUGAAAAGUGAGUUUGAGGAGCCGCCAGUUCACGUGUGUGAGGGUCUGCAGGAGGAAAGCGUGGCGGCUUUGGAUCAGGUUGAGUGCGGUAGCAUGGUGAAGGUGGGCAGGCGUGUGGGGGUUGGGGGAGGGGACGGGGAUGAGAGUGAGGUGGGGGUAGUGGAAGGUGCUGGGAGUGAGGUGGUGGGAAAGGAGAGGGCUGGGAUAGAUGUGGUGGGGGGUGAGUGGUCUGGAAGUGAGGCUGGGGAUGGGGAGGAGGUAUUGAGUGAAGUGGGGAGGCGGGGGGUAGGGAGUGUGGUUGAGGUAGGGGAGGAGGCAGGAAGCGUUCAGGAGAAAGGAGUGUUGGUUGAAGGGCAAGGGGAGGAGCAAGCAGAGGGUGUGAGGGAGGAGGAAAUGAGGAAGAGCGAGAAACAGGUGUUAGGCGUGUGUGGGGAGCAGGGAGAGAAGGAAUCGUUUGGAGAGGCGUUAGGGGAGGAGGAUGAGAUGGUCGUUUGCAAAACAGUCCGAACGGAUUCAGUGUGA